GCCCUGGCCGCGGCCUUCUUUUUCAUGCUCCCAUUUUCAGUCUUGGGAUUACCACUGAAUAAUCCCGCAGAGGAAUGAGGAGGAGGAGGAACCAGAAGCUCAAAGUGGUGGAGAGCGGCGGCGAGAAUGAGCUGUGGCUUCCGAGCAGCCUUCUGGCGGAUAUUCUGAGCAGGCUUCCUUGCAGAGCCUUGGCCCGCCUGAGAUUCGUCUCCAAGGAAUGGAACUCCGUCGUCUCCGACCGGACAUUUGUUCGCCUCCAGAUGAAGCCCGCCGCCGGGGAGAGGCUCUCCGGGUUCUUCUUCCAGGGGAGGUAUCAGUGGUGCGACGGCGACAUUAAAUCCGUCAGCUACAUACCCCUCCUAGCCCAGAAUGAGAGGGAGUCUGCGGCGAGGGUGGAGAAGGGCGUUCUGGGCUUUCUCCCGGAGCAAGUCGUCCUCCUGUCCGCCAUUAAUGGCCUCCUCUGCUGCCGCAGCUGCUUCCCCUCCCACAACCCUCUCAGGAUCUAUGUGUGCAACCCCCUGAAUAGGGAGUGGACUGCCCUCCCAUGGCCCCAUCCCCCCAAGGACAGCAGCACUGCUCUGGCUUUCCGGCCCUUCCAUGGGGGCCGCAUUUCCACCGAUUUCCAGAUCAUCACGGUUUGCCAGACCCCAAUGGAAGAAGAAGAAGAAGAGGAGGUUCGGUACCGGUUCGGGUUCAAGAUAUAUUCGUCGCGGGCCAAGGAGUGGAGGGAGUCGCAGGAGGUGUGCACUUGGACCCACAAGCUGCAGAGGAAGGGGUGCGUGUUCGCGGCGGAGGAGGGGGGGACCGCGUACUGGCUCACGGAGGACAACCGCGUCCUCAUGUUCGACCUUGCGAACGAGCUCUGUUGCUUGAUCCACGGGCCUUUCCCGGCUUCUGGGCUGGACUUUGCGCCCGGGGUGUGCCUGGGGGAGGCCAAUGGGCGAGUGCAGUACGUGAUGAUCUCGCAGGACGGGCUUCAAGUUUGGGAACUCGAGGACCGGUUCGGGUCCCAGUGGGCACUCAAGCGCUUCCUCUCUCCAGAGGACCUGGAGAGGGGGAACCCAAAGUGCAUGCACCAAGUGUCCAAGAAACUCGAGAGCCAUCUCGCAACCGACUCGUCGUCCCUCUUGAUCGACCUCUUGUCUUUCAAAGACACGACGCUGCUGCUGAGGAUAUCGACGGACAUCUACGCGUUUGAUUUCGAAACGGGGAAGGCGAAAUGGAUCUGCGCGGUCUCCGCGUUGGGGCCCAACUCUUGGUUCUCUCCCAUUGUCAUCCCAUACACCAUGAGCUUGGCGCCCAUAGACUUAGCUUAGCACCUUGCUUAACUGACUCUUUUU